GCAGUUCAUCAGACCGUGAGACUGAAGAUAUCCGCAGAAAUUUUUCGCGAGUGGUGUCGUUGCCGGAGAGAAGAUUGUGGACCCACCAGAAUCCUAAGAGGGGAUCCUCAGGGUCGACGACCGAUCAGGUAUACGCAAGGUCGACACAUCUCUGAAAAGAGAGAAUCGACAUUAAAGCCGCGUAAUCGCGAUAAAUCGGUUGCAGCAGUGAGAGAGCGCGUUUUUUCCUCUCAUUUCUCUCUUUUUUUUUCUUUCUCUCUUUUUCGCGCCUUUUCUUUUUAAUUCGAUUCUUCAAGUUUCUUCGUCGUAAAACGCAGUCAAUGCUCGACAGUUUGAGCCACGCGAGUGUGCAUCAAUAACGUGUGUCACAGAGUGAGGUAAUACUGAGGAAAGGAAGUGUCAUCCUCACAGCUGUCAGCAGACGAGUCUUGAUCACGUGAAAAAUACUGCAGAAUCUUCAUAAGUUCACACAAUGAGUCGAAUGGUCGCAUUAUUAUUAUUGGCAGUUUCAACUGUCGUUACAGCUGAGGAGUUGGUGGCGAUCGUUACCCUAAAGCCGCACGACGUGAGGAACGUCACGGGUAACUUGAAGAUCGUUCAGUCCGUCCCGAAUGGACCCGUCACCAUCACCGGCACAGUCCACGGACUUACAGAGGGGCUUCAUGGUUUUCACGUACACGAGAAGGGAGAUUUGAGCGACGGUUGCACAUCCACCGGAGCGCACUUCAAUCCUGAGAACGUGACUCACGGUGCACCGGAAGAUACUGUCAGACAUGUCGGCGAUCUGGGAAAUAUCCAAGCUAAUUCUGAUGGAGAAGCGACAGUAAAUAUCACUGACAACAUCAUUUCACUGACCGGACCACAUAGUAUCCUGGGACGAUCUAUGGUCGUCCAUUCCGAUCAGGAUGAUCUUGGCAAAGGCAAUAGCAGCCUCUCUUUGACAACCGGAAAUGCCGGGAGCCGUUGGGCUUGUGGUGUUAUUGGUGUCGAGUCGCCGACAGACAGUUGGAAUUCCGGUUCGUUUACCACGCCAAACUUAUCGACCCUCGUGAUAUUCUUACUCGUCGUCGCUUAUCAACAUUUCAAGUUCUAACGAUCCCGAGGGGGCUCGAAGUAAUUUCGCAUCUUGUACGAGGAUAAAUAAAUUAGCUAAAUUUGCGUUUGCGCGCAACCUAAAGCAGGGAACAACGAGAAUUCUACAACCCCCAUCGAUUAUUUGUCGACGUAUAUCAACAGUAAAGAAUAACAAAAAUUUUUAGCGACAACUGGAAUAUUAUGGAGGAACGAGAUGUUAGCGAUUGUUGGCUUGAUGUAAACGUGACUUAAAAAAAAUACUAGCAGCUUAUUCACUAUAAAUCUUAUUGUGAUAAAUCGACGAAAAAUGACAAGACAUAGUAAUUACAUUUAUUAUGUAUCUGCGAAUGUCAAACUACUUGCUCAAAUUAAUACAUCGAAAAAUUAAUAUCUUGAGCUUUUAAAUAAUAAAAAUAAUGCAAAAUUAAUGCAUUUUUUAAUUUAUAUUAUUCGAUAUUCGCGCGUGCGCGAAUCUUAAAUCUGAGCGAGAAAUGAUUUUUGCUUGAAAUAAUAUGUGUAAAAUAUAUUAUUGUGUUUUAAUUUACAAUAUUGCAUCUGCUUAAUUAAUUUCGAAAGAUAUAAUUUACAUAUUGAACAAUAUAUACAUAUAAGUGUCCACUUAUCAUAGGAAUGUUAAUUUCGUUAGCGGCAUUAGUCAUAUAGGUACUUAAAUAUAGUACGAUAUUAUUAUAUUCUAUUUGUAUUCUAUUAUAUUCUAUUUGUAUUCGUAAUGUACACUUUUGCAGGACAAAUCUUAGAAAUGGGAAGUACAUUAUCGUUCGAUACUUUAAAUGCAAACAUAUUUAUUGAUUAUUAUAUUGCAAACUUUCUUCUGUGUACGUCUCUUUUAGCUCAGUCUCUUUAUUGUUAAUAUCAUUUGUAAUAAGGAAUUUGUUAAAAUAAAAUUCUUCAUUAAUGUAAACGUUA